AUGGAUUUAGGGAGCCUGCAGACCGUUGUAGCCAACUCCGCCUACAUCUCGGCCCGGGGCAGUUUUGAUGGGACCUCUAACGUCCAUAUGACCAGAGAUAAAAAGUACCGAGCCAAACUCAAACUGCCACACAUCACCCAAAGUGAAAGUCUGAAGGAUCAGAUUGACACGGAGUUUGAGAGUAUUUGCGUCAAGCAGCCCAUUGGGAAGAGGCUAUUCCAACAGUAUUUGGACACUGUUGCCGAAUACAAGCCAGCCUAUGAGCUGUGGAAAGACAUUGAAGACUAUGAUACAGCAGAAGAUGAAGAAAGAGUUCAGAAGGCGCGAGAUAUUAUCAGCAAAUUUUUGGAAUCGGGGGCAGAGCUCUUCUGUAGCCACUUGGAAGAGAAAUGUAUCUUGAGGGUCAAGGAGGACUGUGAGAAUGUGAGGGAUGACCUCUUCAAGGAAUGUAAGGAGCUCACCAUGACAUUCUUGAAGAGCAGUCCCUUUGAGGGUUACAAAGAGAGCAUGUACUUCAUGAGGUUUCUGCAGUGGAAGUGGCUGGAAGCCCAGCCCAUUGGAGAGGACUGGUUCUUGGAAUUCCGGGUUUUGGGAAAGGGAGGGUUUGGCGAAGUGUCUGCUUGCCAGAUGAAAGCGACCGGGAAACUAUACGCCUGCAAAAAGCUGGACAAGAAGAGGCUGAAGAAAAGGAAAGGCAACCAAGGUGCCAUGGUGGAGAAGAGAAUCCUGGCUCGGGUGCACUCUCGCUUCAUUGUCUCCUUAGCUUAUGCCUUCCAGACCAAGGCAGAGCUGUGCCUAGUGAUGACCAUCAUGAACGGAGGGGAUUUGAGAUACCACAUUUACAAUGUGGAUGAGAACAACCCAGGCUUUGAUGAAGAGAGAGCACGAUUCUACUCGGCUCAAAUCGUUUGUGGCCUGGAACAUCUUCACCAAUCCCGCAUCAUCUACCGUGACCUCAAGCCUGAGAAUGUCCUCCUCGAUAAUGACGGCCAUGUAAGGAUCUCUGACCUUGGACUUGCCGUGGAACUGCAACCAAAUGAGACCAAAACAAAAGGCUAUGCUGGAACUCCAGGUUUUAUGGCCCCAGAACUCCUUGGAGGAGUGGAGUAUGAUUACUCAGUGGACUACUUCACACUGGGAGUAACCCUAUAUGAGAUGAUAGCAGCCAAGGGCCCAUUCCGAUACCGGGGUGAACAUGUUGAGAACAAGGAGGUGAAGCGACGGAUUCUCAACGACCCAGUCAGCUACUCUGAGAAGUUCAGUGAAAGCAGCAAGUUGUUCUGUGAGGCUUUGCUGGAGAAAGAUCCUGAGAAACGCAUUGGAUUCAAGAACCAAUGCUGUGAUGAAUUAAAGGCUCAUCCCUUUUUCAAGGAUAUUAACUGGAGAAAGCUUGAAGCUGGUAUACUCCCACCUCCUUUCACUCCAGACUCUAGAACAGUGUACGCAAAGGAUAUCCAAGACGUGGGCGCCUUCUCCACUGUGAAAGGAGUUACCCUCGAAGAUUCGGACAAGGAGUUUUUUGAAGAGUUUGCAACGGGAAACAUCUCCAUUCCAUGGCAAGAAGAGAUGAUUGAGACUGGUAUCUUUGUAGAGCUUAAUGUUUGGGGUCCCAAUGGAGGCUUGCCAAAUGAUUUAAGGAGAGAAUCAAUUCUGGAGCUCCCUCCCUCCAGGUCGGGCGUGUGCACCGUUGCUUGA